CACUUUAAUCGAUUGUGAGUUGUUGAGUCGUUCGUAUCGUUUCGGUUGAAAAGUGCGCUGAGCUGCUUUACUAGUUUCUACGUUCUGUGUGCGCGUGCCUCUAAACAAUAUUUAUUUACAAUAACAAUAAUUCCAUUACCGUUGGAAUGGUGCCAAGCGUGGGCAGAUCACCGUCGUUAUGGUUUCUAAUUGGUUUCCUAUUAUGUCUGCCGUGGAUGAUGCUGCCGGUUUGCGGCGUCACGAUUUUUCCUUCCGACAGUCUCACGAUCCUGCAAGGGGCGGGAUUUUUAGCCUACCUAAUACCAAGCCAGGUUGGUGAUCCGAUCAAGUGGUCCCAUUGUUCGGUAACGGUUGUCGGGAAUACCUAUAGCUUGGACACUGAGCAGGUACACGUGGUCGCUGGAGUGACCAAGGUGCAACGAUUCAGUGCGGACGUUUGUGGUAUUCGGGUUGAAAAUGUGCAGAAAGCUGUUGAACACGAGUGGAUACUGUCAGCCAUGGACACCAACUCGAAAAAUAUCGAACAGAAGCUGAUGCUAUCAGUCAACGUCCCUAAACAGAUUGGUACAUUGAACGUCACUAUCAGCGACACGACAAGCUGGUAUACUCUUCAGUGCCCGCAGGACAGCUCAAUCCGAUACUGUCGCAUUUUGGAUCAGGCCGGCAAUAUCUACAACGGGUGCUCGAGAUCGUUCGAUGUAAUCUGGGAAUCGGCCCGGUUUCGAUGCCGCAUUCUUUAUUGGGGUUCUAUGGAUGAAAUCGAAACUAUAAUUAAUGUGAGCGUCGAGAAAAGUAAGCGCGAUGUAACGAUGUCGCUGGUGGAGGAUGAUUCACGAAUAAUUCUUACUUGCCAGUACAAAAGCAGAGUGAGUCCGUGUCGAGCGGUCUCGGUUGAUAGCAGACGCCAGAUGAUGCUGCUGGAUGGGCAUCUGGCCGAUCGUUACUCAGCAUAUGAUACGCAGGUAUCAUCGGGAGUGUGUAGUCUUGAAAUUCGUAAACCUCUACACCCAGAAGACUAUGGAGUGUGGCGCAUAUUUCUCGAACUUUCUACCACCUACAGCGGAUGUGUGUUCAAUAUUGGCAAACAAUUGAACAAAAUCUCGGAAAAAUCACUGGAUGUCGAAGCAGACGCCCAACUGAUUGAAAUAUUCGCGGAUUUGAACAAAUCUUUCAUGACUGAACUAAACUGCGAUGUACCGUAUCCUCUCGAUUACUGCUAUUUAUCGGGACCACAGGGCGGAAAUUACGAACCGUAUGGUUUCGAUAAUCUCAAAACACUGGGAAUGUGCCAGUUCAAGGUUGAGAAUAUUACUACGGGCAAGUGGGCCUGUGGGAUGAACGAUCUGAGUGGAGGAUUGGAUCGAAUGAGCUACUUUGAUGUAAGGGUGUAUAAUCAACCUGGCAAGGCGAUCACCCCACUCAUUACGGGCAGCACCGGGGACGAAGGUAAAAAGCUACUUUGCAGAACCAUCCUUAAUAUGCCGAUCGAAAUCUGUCGCUUCGUUAGUCCCACGGGGGAUGUUCACGGUUUGUCGGAAAAUAUUGUACCCGGUGAUGCAUCCAGGUUUCGGUAUUAUGGUGAAGGACUGCGAGCUGGCGAAUGUGGACUGGAAAUCAUCGAAUUGGAACGGGAAGACUUUGGCCGGUGGAUGUGUUCUAUCAGGGUUCAAAAUAAAGAUUAUGCGAUCUACAUGGAUGUGGUUGAAGAAGGUGAGGACGCAUCGAUUCUCCAGAUUUACUAGAGCGGGUCAACAUCCAAGCAAGGUCCAGAACGUUACGUGGAAACGUUCUUCUGAGAGUGCCGUUUCGACGAACUAUUCACACAGCUAAUGCCGCUAUCACGGGACUACAACGCCUCUUCAAUCGUGUGUCGCACCUGUUCGACUUUCAUUUGUCUCGGAUAUCAUUAGGAAAUCGAUUCCUGCACAGUUUUUUAGAUGUAAUUAGUUUAAGUUUCCAUGAUUGGGGCUGAGUGCGGCCAGUUGAUGUGUACGAUAAAUAAAUAAAUUUUGAGUACUUCUUCGUGAGUUGUUAAAGCGCGACUCAGACGAUACAUCAGCUUCCGUCAACGUCAACGGAACGUCACCGUUCCGUCAGGAUAAGUUAAAUACUUUUCUCUUGCGCCCGUUCACACGUACCGUACGUCAAAACGUUCCGUGUCGUUGAUGUUGUGUGUGAAUGUCUCCAUUUAACUGAAUGUAACUUAUCCUGACGGAACGGUGACGUUCCGUUGACGUUGACGGAAGCUGAUGUAUCGUCUGAGUCGUCCUUAAGGCUUAUUUACACCCUCGGUGAAAAUGAACGUGAACUCGAUGCGCACUAAAUUGUUUUUUGCAAUAUCUCACAUAUUAGUGCAUAGAAAUUGAUGAAACUGGAAUUAAACGAUAGUACAUUAAUAUACUUAUCGAAUCCAUGCACAAUUAUUCGAUAUAAUUGAAUCUAGGCAAUAAUAUUCAUCUUCCCCGAUCAUUUUAAAUAUUCCACAGUGAAAUAUGUUCGCAGUGGAUAAUUCACUUGUUCACCGGGAGUGUAAACGCGACGAUGGGCGGAAUUGAUGCGGAGUGGUGAAUAUAAAUGUCAUCGCUGUUCACGGUGAACGUUCGCUUUCGAAUAACAGAUUGCAUUCUGACAAACUGUAAACUGCCAGUUGAUCGUGAAAUCGUUGUUCACUGAAGAAACUGUUUACGACGUUAUCCACCGUGAACAAUGGAGGGUAUUCAACACUUGUUCACUUUCAUUUUCACGGAGAGUCUAAAUAGUGCUUUAGUCUCGUUUGGUCUCUAAUAUUAUCCUCGAAAAGCAACAUCAUAGUCAAUCAACGAAAAUGACAUUUUAUAUGGUUUUUAUAAACAUUGGAGCGAGUUUGUUCUGCUUUGGAUUCCAAAAUUAAUGCCAUUUUCGCAUGAGGCGAAACUGAGUAUGGUUCAAACUGCUACUGCUGUCAAAAACAUGACUCAGUUUCUGGGCCAAGCAAAAAUGACAUAAAUCAGCAUUAUUAAGGUGAAGAUAUGUGGAAGCCACGUUGCUAGGCACCGACUCGCUUGUUUACAAUGAGGAAAACUGAAAUCUGAAGUGAAAAUUCAAACGCACAAAUGAGAGUUUCCGAACAUUUUCCUUUGGUCAUCUGCACAUUGGCAGAAAAUUUGAAGUUUUGUUAGUAAACGAUUAAAGUUUCGCGAGUGUUUUUGGAGUGGUGUGUGAAUAAAGUGCAUUUGAAAAAGUGCAAUGAAAACGAGAAGAAGAAGAAUAAGAGUAUUACGAAAAGAAACCCCAAAUGAAGAGGGGUGAUAUUUUCGCACAAAAUAGGAGCUACAGAUGCCAUUCCGUCAAAAACUCGGAUUGAUUGUAUAGGAAAAAUGUUCUAGCUUCCUUAAGUCACAGUUUCGUGGCACACCAGCAAGGUUAGUGUGUUGAAAAACGUAUUUUUAUAUUUGCUCAUGUCAGAUACAUGGUUAGGCAGGGGAGAGAAGUGUGUGCGGCGUAGCAGCUAUGUUGUGGCUCGCAUGUAUAAUGUUCUUAAGCUUUACUGAAACGAUACAAUAAAUAGUUUCCAAAUCAUUUAAGUAUUUAACUCACAAACUAUUCAAAAGGAGGUUAAAAAUCGCACUUUGUUGUGCAUCUAUGUUCUUCCCGUAGGGAAGUAGUGCCGUAAGUUAAUCACGAAUGUACCUUCCUAUCAAAGUUAAAUAUUUGAAUUGCCUUCCAUCUUCUCCCUAUUUGCCAUUAAGCAAAAUGAAAGAUCCGUCCGUCGGGGAGGUGGGCCAGCAGAGGCAGCUUCCAAACAGUAAGCAGGUUCACUCAAACUUCCGAAACACUUUUACCUGUGCUUUUACUUAUCCUUACUUAUUAUUAACUGUACUAAAUUACACCCGUCAUUUGGGUACAUGACACGAAAGUAAUCAAAUUUGACUCCUUGCGUGAAACAGUAGCUUUCUUGACCAGCCGCUUUCCUGUUUAAAAUUUCUUUUUAACCAUGUUACGUGCGUAUACCAGUGUUGCCGAUGGACAAAUUUAGCAAUUUAUUAGCAAAUUUAAAUUCAACACUUUCAUUGAGAUGACAACCAAACUUUUAAUAUACUAAGCGACGGAUAAAGGUUGUAGAUGUCCAAUGUCACUGACUACCCUAAUUCGUACUAGUUUGCUGUGUUUAACAACGCUUUACCAGGUGACUGGAGAUUACAUAUCGAAAUGAAAACGCGAAAAUCCUAAUAUAAAAAUGAAAUGGAGUUUUGGCAUUUGUUUAUAUUUACUUAAAAUUUACCUUUUUGUCCAAAUAUACACUUGCGCAGUAAAAUAAAUAAAAACAUUUUAUCUAGCUUGA